AUCGAGUGUACUCGGACCCCUAUUUAUAUGUAGUUUCUUUGUGAGCGUGUUGCUAGAUGGUACAGGCACACCCCUCCUGACCCGCCUAGAUACGGACAGCUGCGGCGCUGAUAUAUCAAUGACGUUGUCCUCCAGCCCCAGGAUAUUAAUAAUUGAACACGGCCUACUUCGAAGGGAUUGACUUCAUCUGCAGCUUUCGCUAAUCCAAAUCACAACUCCGUGGAUAGUAAUCCCAACACGCAAAAAUGCCAAUGACACUAGAAGGCAGCUGCCAAUGCGGCGGCAUUGAAUUCUCCCUGCAAUCCUCAACCCCAGUUCCCUACCAGCUAUGCGCCUGCAGCAUCUGUCGCAAGGUAGGCGGGUACAGCGGCAGCGUCAAUCUCGGCGGAAUCGCCGACUCCUUGAACAUCAAAAAGGGCAAGGAUUUGAUCAAGAAAUAUUGCGCGAUCAAGGCCCGCGGUACCGAUCAGGAAGAGGUUUGUUCGUCGGAGCGGAACUUCUGCUCCAAUUGUAGUACCAUGCUGUGGCUGUGGGACAAGCAAUGGCCGGAGUUGAUUCAUCCAUUCGCGUCGGCGAUCGACACCGAGUUGCCGGUGCCUGAUGAGAUGGUUUGCAUUAUGGCCGGGUCGAAGCCGACGUGGGCGCGUUGGCCUGAGGGGAAGAAGCAGGUGUACGAGGAAUAUCCAAGUGACAGUUUGGAAGGGUGGCAUAAGAAGCAUAAUCUCUUCUUCGAAUAGGGGAGAGAAGAGUGGCUACGAUUGUACUGAGCAAAUCACGGUACGCAAUUACAGGAAGA